ACACUACCGCUUUUCUCCACGGCAUCGCCCUUUGUCCGACGUUUCUCACGACUCGCCUCCGAUUUCGUACCUUUGGGUUUUCUCUCGCAGCUGGCUCACAACAGCACACAUAAUUCGACAGCUCGGCGAUCAUAUAGGCUUCAGAAUCCUGUGUAGCCCCACGUCAUCAUGACGGACCGUCAUCGCUAUCCGUCCUCGGGACGAGCGGCCACCUUUGCAAACCAUGCGAGAACUUCUCUGCCAUCAAGCAUUGGCUACACUUCUUUGUACGCUGGCGACAUGCACGUCAUGCCGACUUCGACCCGACAGCAGCCCAUUUCAACAACACCGCGAGGAUAUGUUACAACUACUUCUACAACACCAACCCCCAACACCACCACCCGGACGUACGCCGUUACUCAGGAUCCUCGUUCACACAGACCGACUACACGGGAUGUCACACGUUCCCAGCGGUCCUCCACACUAGAUUCUACUAGUCGACCCCCAGUAAUUGUCAUGACCACCCAGAAGGACCGCCCCAAUGGUACGAGUUCUCAUUCUUCCAAUGCUCGCCCCGGAAGUCCCUUGCGAGAUGACUACCGCUCGAGCGAUGGGCAGUUCUAUACACAACCUGCCUCGUCUAUACGUUCACGCAGCACAGCCCGCUCCUAUGCCGAUCAGCCAGGAAACGACAGUUAUGCUCGCAACAGCAGAGACCGUAGCAACAGCUUGGUACGCGACGACCCCUACCGCACCAGUCGCCAUUCUGCUAUAUACCAGAAUAACCCCCGCCAGAGCUCUAGUAAUAUCGACUAUGGAGAUGACGGAUAUCAGUACACUAAUGCUGGUGAACUGGUUCGCUACGACCUCGAUCAUUCAGGCCCUGCGAGGACUCGGAGACGUGAGAGUUUCGACCGCGGCUACUACCGCCCGAAUAUCAACUACAACGCGGAUCAGCGAACGUUCAACGUGGAUACCAGCCCAGACUUGAGUCGCAACUACAUAACUACAAGCACAGCCAGCGUACCGAACAAUCGGCAAUACGAUAACCGGGGCGGUCCUCCGCCCAGUACACGAGGGUUUGACAAGAUUCGAGGAUACGAAAGCCCACGGGAUUUCGUCCCGAUGCCCUCCAAGACCCCCGAGCCGACCUUGGUAAAACAGGACACUCCCCUUGUUGCGACCACCGAAACCACAAGACGGCCUCGGCCAGUGUCAUUGUAUCAAGAGGGACCGCCCCGUUCUUCGCAUCACGAUGAUUACUAUCGGAGCCGAGAAGACGAAAGAAAAAUGCGAGAAAUUCGUGACCAGCCAGAAUCCGAGCAUACUUAUGAGCCCGAGCGCGCAUACGAGGCACCAUACUUCCAAGAUGACAGAGUCACUUCCCGUGGCUUCGGCAUCCGAACUGACAUUGCCGAUGAACACGAUGACCGCCGUGAACGCCGCCCAGAACAACCGAAAAAGCGAUCAGAUGAAGACUUGCCACGUGAUGCUGAUUAUGAACGCGAUGAUCGACGCCGAGGCCGGCUUGAUUCCAAGGACACUCGCCGUGAGAGACGUGAGAGUAAGAAAGGGAGUGAUGAUGACGAGAAGGAGCGUACCCGGUUCCGUGACAAAGUGGCCACUGGCCUGGGUAUUGCUGCAACUGCUGUAGGCCUUGUGCCUGCCGUCAAAGACGACGACAAACGCGAGAAAGAUCCUGGCAGACGUAAAGGCUCUGAUGACGAGCGCGAACGUGAACGUGAAAGAGACCGAGAUCGUGACAGGCGGCGAGAUUCGAUGAAGAGCGAACGCCCAAGAAUCUUGGAGCGAGAUGUAUCGCGACAGCGUGAUCAAUCAAGGCAGCGUGACCAGGACCGUGAUUCCAGAGAGACCAGCCGCCGAAACGGGGAUUCUCGUAAGAGUACUGAAGCCAUUAUCUCGUCAUCUGAUUCGGACGAAGCCAAAAAGUCCACUCGGAGACGUCAUGAUUCGAAUGCCUUCAAUCCGAAUGACACUUCUGAACUGCGGCAUCUCAAGGACCAACUGGCAGCCUUGAAGACCACUGACAAAGAGAAGGAGAAGGAAACUCCGGUCGUGGUCGAAAACAAGUCACGGUCCUCUUCACCUGCCCGAGAAACAAGAGCAGCAACAGAAGCCCGUUCGUUGAAAGAUCCCCGUUCACCACCCGAUUCCAAGCCAUCUGGUCCUCUUGAAGAAGAAUUCCGUGGCCGCGAAUCCCAGCAGAUCCCCCCGGACGACAAACAAGUCCGUGUAGUAUCGCCUCCUCGCGAUAAAAAGGACGAGAAGCCUCUCAAGGGUAUCUUGAAACAGCCCAAGGUUAGCUUUCCAGAGGAGCCAAAUCCCAUCCGUGAAGGUGUUGCACCUCACAAGGAGGACAAGAAAGCCAGAGAAGCACCUGCAGGUGCAAAAUGGACCAAGAUCAGCCGCAAGAUUGUAAACCCUGAGGCUUUGACCAUUGGCAAAGAGAGGUUUGAGGUCAGAGAUGACUUCGUCAUAGUACUACGAGUACUUAGCAAAGAGGAAAUCCAAGCAUAUGCCUCAGCAACACAAGUCUUGAGAGGUAUGUUUUAAAUUUAGACUUGAGUCUUGGCUUGAGCUGGUGCUGAUUGCGAAACAGAGAGACGUCGCCGCGACGAUGACGGUGGCGAUACGGACCGGGAUCGUGACCGUGACGAGGAUGACAGGAGAAGACAUCAUCGUCAUCGCCGCCAUCGGGAUGAUGACUCUUCAGAUUACGAAGACAAGGACCGUGACCGUGACCGUGACCGUGACCGCGACCGCGAACGACGCAGGCGUCACCGAGAUGAGGAAGAAUACGACACCCGGUCAAGGGAUCUGGACCAUCAUCACCAUCACCACCGAGCUCAGCGAGAGCGCGAGCCCGUACUUGAGGCUUAGUGGGAGAAAGAGGGUUGAAAUCACUAUACUACCAUGGCUGAAUGUUGAUCAAGUAUUUAAGCGUUGCAUCGAAUGACUCUAAUGGUAGGGUUUUUUUAUCAGGUAUAUAUUGAGCGUUACCACAUCAGACACCAACAAGCAUAAAAACUGGGCGAUUUAG